UCACGUCCGCCACCAGCGGCCUCGGCGGCGGCGCUGGGCUCCAGUGUCCCGGGCAGGGCGCGCUUUGCCGCAAGCCAGGUGUCCCGCCGUCUUCUCCGGCCUCUGCUCCCGCCUUACCGUCGCUGGGCCCCUGCCCUGAGACCCUGGGGCGACCGGCUGCGCCCCAGCCUGCCGCGCGUCGGGCUUUUCUGCUGCGUUCCCCGACCUCUUAGUCUCAACCUAGUGUUGGUUCCACUUCUAGAGGUAUAAUGGGCUGGUGUUCUCAUAAGUAAGGUAGCAGUCAUACUGUAUGAACUUUGUGACAUCUGUUUUAGAAGCUCAGAGGAUUUUUAUAUCUUCUUUUCUAACCACUGUGCUUAGACUCUCUCCCUUCUUACUUUCCUAUAAGAAUGCAACAUGACUGAGGAUUCUCAGAGAAACUUUCGUUCAGUAUAUUAUGAGAAAGUGGGGUUUCGUGGAGUUGAAGAAAAGAAAUCAUUAGAAAUCCUCCUAAAAGAUGACCCUCUGGAUAUUGAGAAACUCUGUACUUUUAGUCAGAGGUUCCCUCUCCCGUCCAUGUACCGUGCAUUGAUAUGGAAGGUGCUUCUAGGGAUCCUACCUCCACAUCAUGAGUCCCAUGCCCAGGUGAUGCUGUACCGUAAGGAGCAGUACACUGAUGUCCUUCAUGCCCUGAAUGUCGUUCGCUUUGUCAAUGAAGCCACACCUCAGGUUGAAGUCUAUCUCCGCAUGUAUCAGCUGGAAUCAGGGAAGCUGCCUCGAAGUCCCUCCUUUCCACUGGAGACAGAAGAUGAAGUAUUUCUUGCUAUUGCUAAAGCCAUGGAAGAGAUGGUAGAAGAUAGUGUGGACUGUUAUUGGAUCAUCCGAUGCUUUGUGAACCAGUUAAAUAACAAAUACCGGGAAACUUUACCUCAGCUGCCAAAGGUGUUUGAACAGUACUUGAAUUUGGAGGAUAGCAGAUUGCUGAGUCAUCUGAAAACCUGUUCUGCAGUGUCCAAGCUUCCCUAUGAACUCUGGUUUAAGAGGUGCUUCUCAGGAUGCUUGCCUGAAUCCAGUUUGCAAAGAGUUUGGGAUAAAGUUGUAAGUGGAUCCUGUAAGAUUCUAGUUUUUGUAGCUGUCGAAAUUUUAUUAACCUUUAAGAUAAAAGUAAUGGCACUGAACAGUGCAGAGAAGAUAACAAAGUUUCUGGAAAAUAUUCCCCAAGACAGCUCAGAUGCGAUUGUGAGCAAGGCUAUUGACUUGUGGCACAAACACUGUGGGACUCCAAUACAUUCCUCCUGAACAUACCUGAUGGUUGUGGUCAGUCAGCAGGCCUUACCUGAAUUUUUUCUUUGUGAACAUAUUCUACUAAACUGAGUAAAAUAGAGUUCUUGCUUUGGUGCUCAAAGUAUAUAUUUUUUAUUGCCAGUAAAAUUAUUGAAUUAAGCUACCUGUUGUUGCUGUGUUCUGGAGCAACAUCUCUUGAUCACACAGAAGUAGUGUUUGAAUGGCAUGUUAAGAGUUGUUUGAAAUCUACUCCCUAUUUUUAAAGCAGUUCUAUCAGGGUAGGUGGGUGCUGUGAUAAGCAGUGCUUCUCUGUAAUUCAUACCAAGCUAGUUACUUCUAAGGUUUAUUUCUGGAAUAAAGAACAACUCCCUUUUGUUGACAACUCAGAUUCAGUGUUUGUUGAUGCAGUGCUUUUUUAAAUCUCUAACCCUGAUGCUUUCUGGGUGCUUCUCCUGCUAAAUAGUUUUAUAUAAAGACCUAAGAUUUUUUUUUCCCUUUUUUUUUGUGCCACUUGAAAUGAAACAGUUAUUGAACAAAAUAUCUAAAGUUUCCUACUAGGAGAAAAAGUACUUGUUGCAUUUUGCUGGACUCAUGUUUUUUUUCUGAUGGGUCAUUAAAUGUUGGGUGGACUUAAGGGGACAUUCUGCCACCCAGGCUAGAAAUGAGAGAAAUGGCAGGUUAGGGAUAGUAUCUGAUGAUCCUCAGGCCAUCCUGUGCCUGUAAUUGUCAUUAUUCAUUGCACA